AUGUUGAAUCCUUUGAGCAAACUUCAUCAUGUUCAAAGAAAGCAAUUGAUUUUGACGAUUUUGAACUCCACCGCCACCAAAAGAGAAACUAAAAACUAUUUUUUGAAAUAUCGAGCAAGAAAUCUGUUAAUUGGUCCCAGAAAUGAGUUUGGUCAAUCCAAAAGAUUAUGUGAUCCUCUCAGAAUAUCGAUCAUAAAGAUUAAAAGUCUAGAAAAUAUCCCAAUUGACACCCUCGAAGGCAUUGGUGUGACAAUCUUCAAAUUGACAAGACUUGGGGUUAGUCCAAUAAUUGUCAUCGAUGACAAUGUCGACCAUUUCAGAAAGUACAAGCAAAAGAAGAGCCUAAGGUUCGAAGAUUACGAGAAGAAUUUGGACGAACAAUAUAAGAUAUUACUGGACGUGAUUGAGAAUUCCAUGUCUAAUUCCCAUGGAUCAUUUGUACAAAAAGAUAGACUUAAUGAUAAGAUCAAUAUUUCCAACGAUUUUGAUACUACGAAUGAGGUAUCGAUAAAGAAAAAUGAACAACACAACUAUAAAAUGAAUGAUUCCUACCAAUUCUUGAAACGGACUUUGCAAAAGAAUCUGGACCGUUUAAGCACCAUCCCUAUGAAGGCAAUGUUCGAAGUUGAUGAGGAUCAGGGUAUUCAUCUAACAUUCCACCAGUCAAUAUUGGAUUAUUUGCACCAAGGGAAUAUUCCAAUCGUGUAUCCUAUAGGGUACCUGCUGAGAACUUCGGAACAAUUGUUGUUGCCUUCAAAUUUGGUGGUCGAAAACCUCGCACUUAAUUUGUAUAAUUACUCGAAGAACGCCAUCAAGGAGGGAAUCUACAGCGACAACGAAUACAAAAGUCAUAAAGCUGCCCUCUCAAUUGAAAAAAUCAUCUAUAUAGAUCAAAUUGGGGGCAUUCCAUCAUUGGAAAGAAUGUCGUCAUCCCAUGUUUUGAUCAAUUUAAAACAAGAAUUUGGGGACAUUACAAUGGAAUUACAAAAAGGGUUUCUCAAGCCAUUUGAAAAGCAAUCACACUUGAAAAACUUAAACAGUAUCAAUAGUAUAUUGAUGAGAUUGCCCGAUGCUGCUGCCGCCAUUAUCACAACCCCAUCUAUGGCAGCAAUUGAUGAUUUGCCGUUAUUUGGCAUUGAAGGAGAGAAUUUAGAAGAGAACAGGGAAAUGAACAGUGAAAUGCCAAUUGAUGCCGAUGUUAGAAUAUCUGACACAUAUAAGGAUAGCUAUAGUUACUCUAAGCUAUUGAACAAAAAUAACUCCGAUGAUACGAUGGUGGAUAACAGCUUGAUCAAUCAAAGUGGGGAAUUUGUGAAUAGUUUCAGAAUCAAAAAUCCUAUAAUCUAUAAUAUCUUGACCGAUCGUCCGCUAAUAUCCCCUUCAUUGCCCGUUUAUUUAAAGAAUACUCCAUUGUUAUCCACCACCAUUACUAGAAAAGGGAUUGAUGUGAAGUACUUGAAAUCUGAAUCGCCCUCCAACGGUUUUGAUUUGAUCAAGAUGGACCAAGAAGGAAAGAUUAAUCUAAAAAAAAUCAAAGAAUUGAUUGACGAUUCUUUUAGAAGACCUUUAGACUUAGAAGAUUAUUUGAAAAGAAUCAAUGGGAAAGUUGCCGGAUUGAUCAUAGCUGGCGACUAUGAGGCAGGGGCAAUCGUAACUUGGGAGGAGAUGAAGCACGGAUCGACUAAAAAUAUUCCUUAUUUGGACAAGUUUGCAGUAAAAAGAUCCCUUCAAGGCACUUUCAGCGCUGCUGAUAUUGUUUUCAAAGUUAUGGUAAACACAUUAUUCCCGAAAGAGUUGAUUUGGAGAUCCAGACAAAACAAUCCGGUAAACAAAUGGUACCAUGAAAGAUCAAACGGCAGUCUCUGUGUUCCUGAAACUCAAUGGAGAUGUUUUUGGGUUGGAAAUAGUACGAAACAAGAUCCAGAAAACAUAAAGGGGUACAUGGAGGUGUGUGAAAAGAUCCAGCCCUCAUGGUUGGACACCAAGUAA